AUGUUGAAAUUUUCAGUCGACGAAGUUAAGAUUGUAUCCACUCCACCUUUCGCCGACUCUGUAUCAGAAGGAGAUGUUAAGUUUCAGAAAGCUGUUGGUGAUGCCGUGUCUGAGGAUGAAAUUGUUUGCGAGAUCGAAACUGACAAGACUUCCAUUCCAGUUCCCUCACCAGCAAAUGGUGUGAUUGAGGCACUGCUGGUUGAAGAUGGUUCUAAGGUGCUGGCCGGCACCCAACUGUUUAAACUCAAGAUAACAGCACCAUCUCCAGCAGCCAGUGUCCCUUCUCCACCACCUCCCCCUCCAAAAGCAGCUUCUCCACCUCCUACCCCAGCGGCAGCUCCCAAACCUCCGCCACCUGUUCCAGCCCCAAUUCCAAAAGCACCAGCGCCAUCAGCCCCUCUUCCAUCAAAGCCAAUCUCUACAACUCCGGCUGCUGCACCUGCCAGACCAAAGCCGUCGACUGAUGGUUCGAAACCGGUGCCAGGGUUGAGGACCGAGGAGAGGAUCAAGAUGAACAGGAUGAGGUUGAGGAUUGCUCAGCGUCUCAAGGAUGCUCAGAACACCUGCGCCAUGCUUACCACUUUCAAUGAGAUUGAUAUGAGCAACAUAAUGGAGAUGCGUGAAAAGUACAAGGAACAGUUUGUGAAGAAGCAUGGAACGAAGCUGGGAUUCAUGUCUCCAUUCCUGAAGGCCUCUGCCUAUGCCCUGAAGGACCAGCCUGUCGUUAACGCUGUCAUCGAUGAGAAUGAAAUCGUCUACAGGGAUUAUGUUGACAUCUCGGUUGCUGUUGCCACACCUAAGGGAUUAGUUGUACCGGUGUUGAGGAAUGUUGAAGUCAUGAACUGUGCAGAGAUUGAGAAGGCCCUCUAUGAACUUGGGGAGAAGGCUAAGAAAAAUGAAAUAGCAGUGGAGGAUAUGGACGGUGGCACGUUCACCAUCAGUAACGGUGGGGUGUUUGGUUCGUUGAUGGGCACGCCAAUCAUCAACCCUCCCCAGUCGGCCAUUUUGGGUAUGCACGGUAUCUUUGAAAGGCCUGUUGCUAUAAAGGGAGAGGUGAAGGUUCGCCCGAUGAUGUACGUGGCCCUAACUUAUGAUCAUCGUUUGAUCGACGGUAGAGAGGCUGUCACCUUCUUGAGGAAGAUCAAGUCGGCUAUCGAGGACCCUAGAGUCAUGCUGCUUGAUCUUUGA